ACAAAGUUGUAGAAUUUAUCACGUUUUCUAUUUCAGGACGUACAUUUCCAGUAGAGCAAUAUUUUCUUGAAGAUGUAAUGGAAUUUACAGAAUUUGUUAUGGAAGAGUCAUCACCUUAUGCUAGACCUCUGAAACAUAUGAAUGCUGUACAAAGGGGCGUGGCCGGGGAGGAGGAGCAAUAUGAUGACAGUGGUAGUGGCCCAGCCCAUAAAGCAAGCGAUAGGGUGCAAGAUCAAAAUCUGUCUGUGAAACAGCUAUAUCUGAGAUAUCCUGAUUUUCACAAACUAACUUUAAAGAACAUGGCAUUAAUGGAUCACACAAAGAUCAACUUUGACCUGGUCCUUGAACUGAUGUGUUGGUUGGUCACAGAAAAUCAUAAGGAUCUAGAGUUUCCAGAGAAAGGUGCAAUCCUUGUAUUUAUGCCAGGUUACGCUGAGAUACAAACAUUAUACGAUAUGUUACUCUCUAGUCCAGUGUUUGGUGGUAGAAAUAAACACAGGUAUAAGAUAAUACCUCUACAUUCUACCUUAUCAUCUGAGGAUCAACAUGCUGUUUUCUCGAGGCCACCAGAAGAGGUUACCAAGAUUGUCAUAGCAACAAAUAUUGCUGAAACUUCUAUCACCAUUGAUGAUAUCUGUUUUGUUAUUGAUACUGGUAAAAUGAAAGAAAAAAGAUAUGAUUCAACAAAAGGUAUGGAGAGUUUGGAUACAGUAUGGGUGUCAAGGGCAAAUGCCUUACAGAGGAAAGGUCGUGCCGGGCGUGUUAGAGCUGGAGUGUGUUUCCAUCUGUUUACAAGUCACAGGUUUGAGCACCAUCUUCAGGAACAACCUAUACCAGAGAUUCAGAGAGCUCCUCUAGAACAGAUCUGUUUAAGAAUAAGGAUGCUGGACAUCUUUAAAAGAGUUCCUGUAGAGGUUGUGUUACACAAGUUACCUGAGCCCCCGGACUAUGAGGCUAUCACCUCAGCUAUCAAGAGGCUAGAAGUACUGGGAGCCUUAGACAGUCAAGGGGAACUGACACCACUUGGUUAUCAUCUCGGCACAUUACCUGUAGAUGUUAGGAUAGGAAAGUUGAUGUUAUUGGGUGCUAUAUUUAGAUGUCUAGAUCCAGCUUUAACUAUAGCUGCCUGUCUCAGCUUUAAAUCUCCUUUUGUGACACCGUUUGGUAAGAAACAUGAGGCUACAGAGAAGAAACUUGGCUUUGCUGCAGGAAAUUCAGAUCAUCUCACAAUGUUGAAUGCAUAUAAUGCCUGGAAGGAAGCAAGAAAAAAUGGUGGACAGGAGGCUUAUCGUUUCUGUCAGGACAAUUUUCUCUCUAAAAGGUCUUUAGAGAUGUUGUCCAGUAUGAAGCAACAGUUUGUAGAGUUGUUAUCAGACAUUGGGUUCGUGAAGGAAGGUAUAUCUAGUAGAGAUGUAGAGAGAGCGGCAAGAAAUGGUGAAGAUGGUGUGAUCACUCUUACAGGACCUGAGGCCAACUUGAACUCUAAGAAUCUUAAGUUGAUAUCUGCCUUGUUAGUGGGAGCCUUAUAUCCAAAUAUUGUACAGGUUCUCACCCCAGAACAGCAGUAUGCCCAAAUGGGUGGUGGAGCAGUUGCUGUAGCACCAAAAGCUGAAGAUAUUAGAUUUAAAACUAAACCUGAUGGAUAUGUGAAAAUACAUCCAUCAUCUGUGAACUUUCAAGUGAGAUUUUACGAGAGUCCAUAUUUGGUGUAUCAUGAGAAAGUAAAAACUACAAGGAUAUAUAUCAGGGACAGUACUAUGGUAUCUGUGUACCCCCUGUUGUUGUUUGGUGGUGGAGAGAUAGGGGUGGAUCUAUCACGGGGAAACUUUAUACUUUCUGUGGAUGAUGGCUGGAUCAAGUUUAUGGCUCAAUCUCAUCAGAUAGCUGAGUUAGUGAAAGAGUUAAGACUGGAACUGGAUCAUUUGUUAGAAGAUAAAAUUAAGACUCCACACAUGGACCUGUGUACCUGUCCCAGGGGCAGUAAAAUUAUAGACACUAUAGUUAAACUUAUUACUACCCAAUAGGUGCUAAGUAAAAUCAAUAUAUGAUGGUGAAAAAUC